UAACGACUGCUCCCUCUUUUUAACGAGUUCUUUUCCAUUUUUUGCAUGAAUAAUUGUACGCGCAUCCUCGGAAUGCGAAUCGGUUGCGAAUAAGUAAUCGCCAACGGGCCGCGUGAAUUUUGAAAGGAGGCGCGAGUGAGACCCCCGGAUUUGGCAGAUUGAAGGGCGACGAGAGCAGCCAUCAGGGAAAAAAGGACGCGGGGCAGGCAGGACCCAUAUCAGGAUACGGAAAGGGAGGCGUCGCGGCGCUACUCGGCGCUGGCGCGCAUCGUACGUAUAAUACGCUGCCGUGGGGCGCGCGGGGCCACCAGCCGGAGAGAAGAAGAGGCGAAGGAAGAGGCUGGCCAGUGCUGUUGCUGCCGUAGCUCGCGAAGGACCGCCACCCUCACCCCGUCAACGACCAAACUUCCCGCUCCUCGGCCCUCUCUCAGGUUGACCGGCUGUUAUGGGCCAACGUGACGCGGGCGGGGAAGCAGAAUCGCAAUAGUUGGGAAAAAAAAAAAACAGAAGGGGAAAAAGGACAAAGGUAGCAGGAGAGAGAGAGGGAGAGCCGUCGAGGCUCUAGAUCACCGGAAUCAGCGGGAUGGCGGACACGAGUAUCAGGGAGCCGGAGCCGCUCGAUCCGGAGAGCGGUGGUGGGCCGAGGGCUUCAAUCAACUCGUCGACCGUCGCAACGUCCAACAAAAAGGACCUACCCGAGCGGGGAUCCUGGAGCUCCAAAGUCGACUUUAUCCUCAGUGUCGUGGGCCUGGCCAUCGGAUUGGGCAACGUGUGGCGAUUCCCGUACCUGUGCUACAAAAACGGCGGCGGAGCCUUCCUCAUCCCGUACUUCUUGACCCUCUUCCUCGCCGGCAUCCCAAUGUUCUUCAUGGAGCUGGCGCUCGGCCAAAUGCUCACCAUCGGCGGCCUCGGGGUCUUCAAGAUCGCCCCCCUCUUCAAGGGCAUUGGGUACGCGGCGGCCGUCAUGUCCUGCUGGAUGAACGUCUACUACAUCGUCAUCUUGGCCUGGGCGAUCUUUUACUUCUUCAUGUCCAUGAGGAGCGAACUACCCUGGGGCAGCUGCAGUAAUUAUUGGAACACGAAAAACUGUGUCAACCCGUACGACAGAAAGCACCUCCAGUGUUUCCAGCAGAUGGGCAAGAACGGCAGCCUCAUUAAGCUCUGCACGUUUAACCACGUGAACGUCAGCUCGCACGACCUCUCCGACCCCGUCAAAGAGUUCUGGGAGCGACGAGCUUUGCAAAUAAGCCCGGGAAUCGAGUACAUGGGCAACUUGAGGUGGGAGUUAGCCGCGACCCUCCUGGUUGUCUGGAUAAUGUGCUACUUUUGCAUCUGGAAGGGGGUCAAGUGGACCGGCAAAGUUGUCUGGUUCACGGCCCUCUUUCCCUACGUCCUGCUCGCGGUUCUGCUAAUCAGAGGCAUCACCUUGCCCGGCGCCAUGGAGGGCAUACGCUUUUACGUCAGCCCGAAUCUUUCGAAAUUGAAAGAGUCCGAGGUGUGGAUAGACGCGGUGACGCAAAUCUUCUUCUCGUACGGCCUGGGCCUGGGCACCCUCGUCGCCCUGGGCAGCUACAACAAGUUCACGAACAACGUGUACAAGGACGCGUUGAUCGUCUGCUCGGUCAACUCGUCGACGUCGAUGUUCGCGGGUUUCGUGAUAUUCUCGGUGGUCGGGUACAUGGCCCACGAGCAGCAGAGACCGGUGGCCGAGGUGGCGGCCUCGGGUCCCGGCCUGGCCUUCCUCGCCUAUCCAUCGGCAGUGCUCCAGCUUCCCGGGGCGCCCCUCUGGUCGUGCUUGUUUUUCUUCAUGCUGCUGCUCAUCGGCCUGGACUCGCAGUUCUGCACCAUGGAGGGCUUCAUCACGGCCAUGGUCGACGAGUGGCCCAAACUCCUGCGUAGGCGCAAGGAACUGUUCAUCGCCCUGGUCUGCGUCCUCUCGUACCUGGUCGGCUUGUCCUGCAUAACCCAGGGCGGCAUGUACGUCUUCCAAAUCCUCGAUUCCUACGCCGUGUCCGGGUUCUGCCUCCUCUUUCUCAUCUUCUUCGAGUGCAUCUCGAUAAGCUGGGCCUUUGGCGUCGAUCGCUUCUACGACGGGAUCAAGGACAUGAUCGGCUACUACCCACUCAUCUGGUGGAAGUUCUGCUGGAUCUUUGCCACUCCCGCCAUAUGCAUCGGAGUCUUUAUUUUCAAUAUCGUGCAAUGGAAGCCCAUCAAGUACUUGGACUACGAGUAUCCCUGGUGGACGCACGUCGUCGGUUGGGGCACGGCGCUGUCUUCCAUGCUUUGCAUUCCCGGCUACAUGAUCUACAUCUGGAACCACACCCCGGGAGACAGCAAGACGAAAUUCAAGGCGCUCAUCCGAAUAGAGGACGACGUGAUAGCGCUACGAACGAAAAUGGGCCAUUCGGGUGUCGAGCUCACGCCCCUGUAG